UUCAGUCGUUCGUCGUCCGCGAAGCUGUUCAGAGCAACUUGUCCGAAAGGUGUAGUGUAAGAUAACCAACGAGUGACGAACACGGGAGUAAAAGAAAAGAAAACAUAAUAACUCGUACUACAGCAAGGGAUUGGAAAGCGGUCCCGUAGUACAGUCGUCAACUCGUACGAUUUAACAACAUGCCCGUCGUGGAUUAAAACCCAGGAUGGACCGUCUCCCCUGAAGCUAGCAGGACUGACUAUUUGGCUGCGUGGAAGGCCAUACAAUGUUUUUGCAAACAACGGGAUAAAAUGAGAAACGUUGCAGCAACGCUGUUUGUUAUUCUCACUGUCUUCAAAAUAAGGGCUGCUAAAUGUUUUGUAUCGACGGUGCUUUGCUCGCGUAUGCCAGGUCUGACUCAAACCCAGCGUCAGAUAUGCACUGAAUCAUCAGAUGCGGUUGUAUCUCUAGCAUCCGGUCAGUGGAUAGGAGCAAAUGAAUGCCAAAAACAGUUCCAUGGUCAUCGUUGGAAUUGUACUCACGUAUGGAAUACUGAUAUGUUCGGGCAGAUAGUAGUGAUAGGUUCUAGAGAGGCUGCAUAUACUUAUGCUAUAACUAGCGCCGGUGCUGUCUAUUCAAUUACGACUGCCUGCGCUAAAGGAAACAUUACAACAUGUGGUUGUGAUAUGAACCAGAAAAUUUUCUCUUCUAGUGAGUCUGAAAACUGGAAAUGGGGAGGCUGUUCUGUGGACAUUGGCUACGGCAUGCGGUUUGCUAAAAAGUUUCUCGAUGCCCGUGAAAUCGAAAACGAUAACCGGAGUCUAAUGAACAUGCACAAUAACCGCGUAGGAAGAAAGCUAGUAAAGUUACUGCUACGAACAGAAUGUAAGUGCCACGGCGUAAGUGGUUCCUGCGCGAUGAAAACUUGCUGGAAAAGUUUGCCUUCGUUUCAUGUUAUUGGCGAUGCCAUGAUGAAGAAAUAUCGCAAAGCCAAACUUGUUCACGGUAUUAACAUUAGAAAUAAUCAACCGCAACUCGUGUUGAAACGAAAAAUGAACAAACCGUUGCUCAAAAAUGGGAAGACACUGGGUGACAGUCAAAUUCCAAAGAGAACUGAAUUGGUUUAUCUGGAGCCUUCGCCUAACUAUUGCGAGCGUAAUAUCAGUAUUGGAGUACUCGGUACAGCCGAUCGAAAUUGCAACCGCACUUCGCAAUCCAUAGAUCAUUGUGAUCUACUGUGCUGUGGACGAGGCUACAACACCCAUCAGAUCGAACGAACCUGGCAGUGUAAUUGUAAGUUUAAAUGGUGCUGCACGGUUACAUGCGAUGUAUGUUCAGAGCGAAAGGAAGCAUACACUUGUAAAUAAAAUAUGAUCAUAAUGUUCACUAAAUAAAUUCACUGUCUAUAGAUAGACGAA